GUUUAACGCAGUAUUUGCUUAAGGACCAAAAAAUUGCAGAAAUGCAUAAGAAUUCUGCAAAAUAUAUACAAUGUGCAAGAAAAUCCAGAAAAAUCAUCGGAAAAAAUAUGAGGAUCUGAAGUUGGAAGGAAAAGGAUGAAUGUAGAAUUUUAGCGAAAUUAAAGUAAAAGGUAUAUAAAUGAUAAGAAUAUAUAUUAUAUGAUAUUUGAGGAAAUACACAGUAUUUUGCAUCUUAAUUAAUGGUAUACAUGUUUACAGUGAAACAAAAAUACAUAAUAUAUAUAUAAGUAUAUGACAGACAGACUACAUAUUAAAAAAAACAACUGAAUAUGGUGGAUUUCAUCAAAGUUAUAAUUUUACUACAGAAUGUGUUGUUAGCAUGGUCACUUCAAUAUAGGAUUAUUAACAAUGGAGUCGAAGGGCCGUAUGGACUCGUAGAAGCUUACAGUUCAGGACAAUGGCAGUCUAUAUGUGAUGAUCUGUGGGAUUUAAAUGACGCAAAAGUACUAUGUCGAUCGCUGGGGUAUACAAAUUUCACUCCAAGGGCAGAUGCAUGUGCGAGAUAUGGAGAAUCGAGUGGAGGCAUACAUGUAAAGGGUAUGUCAUGUGUUGGAGAUGAACCAUCUUUAGACGAUUGCCCAAAUGAAGGACAUUCCAAUGGAUGUGUACAUUUAGAGGAUGCUGGCGUCAAUUGUGAACCAAAUGAAACAGACUCUACUACCAUAAGGUUGGUUGGGGGUGACAAUGCUUGGUCAGGCAAAGUGGAAGUGCUCAUAAAUGAUGAAUGGGGGACUGUUUGUAGCAAGAACACGCCUUGGACAAGUACCGAAGCUACAGUUGUGUGCAGACAGCUUGGUCUUGGCUUCACUGAUGCUAUAGGCUACAUCAUAGGGGUGCAGUCAACUGACCCUAGUAAGAUCUGGUAUGAUAAGCUAACAUGUGAGGGAGCAGAAAUGAACCUUUUACAAUGUGCUGUUUGGGGACCAAGGUGUGAUGGGCUUCAGGUCAGCUGUGAACACACUGAUGACGUUGGCGUCAUAUGUGAUCCUAUACCUACAACAGUGGAAGUUACUACAGAGGCAAUUACAACAACUGACACAAUUACAACCACUGAGGCAAUUACAACAACAGAGGAAAUAACAACAGCGCCAACUACAACAGAGGCAAUCAUAACAACUGACUCAAUUACAACAUCUGAGGCAAUUACAACAACUGAGGCAAUUACAACAACUGACACAAUCACAUCUGGGGAAAUUACAACAACUGAAACAAAUUCUACCCAAGCUUCAGAAAUAUCAAGCUUGCCUUCAGAUAUCACCCCAAGCACAAAGGAAAUACUUCAAAGCACAGAGGACACAAACCAAUUCUCAAAUGCUACAACUGUAAACUCAACCACUGCUCAACCACAAACAACUGAGGCUCAUGGAACAGGAGUCCUACUUGGGACAUUCCAGCAUGAAAGCCGAGAGAGUGUCAAAAAUAAGUACAAGGAUGAUAUUUCAUUCACAGAGUCUGAUAAACGUCUGAGUGCAAUAACGAUAGGCUCAUCUGCAGUGUUCAUUCUGGUCACUAUGUUAAUGGUGGUACUUAUUAUGGACAGAGCAAUCCUUGUGGAACAUUCAAAGAUGAUGGUUGCGAAUCUUGCUGAUUGUUAUAGUGCAUUAUGAAAUAGACAAUUGGCCUUGACUUGAUUGUUAUAGUGCAUUAUGUAACAGACAACUGGCCUUGACUUGAUUGUUACAGAGCAGUUUGAAAUAGACAAUUGGCCUUGACUUGAUUGUUAUAUGCAUUAUGUAACAGACAACUGGCAUUGACUUGAUUGUUAUAGUGCAGUUUGAAAUAGACAACUGGCCUUGACUUGAUUGUUAUAGUGCAU